AAAAAAAAAAAAAAAAAAAGGGGGAGGGAAUGGAAUUACCUUUUUUUUUUUUCUUCCUUUCUCUCUCACACCCACACACUCCUUUUUCUCUUUCUUUUCGAGAUUACCAAUUUAAAAAUACCCAUGCAUCCCAUUAUCUUUGCCUUUGGUUUAUCCACGUUAUUGGUAGUAUAUACACGUCGAAAGAAAUCUCUCACAAGAGAUGGUGCUGGAGGUGCAUUUGUGCUUGGUAUGACCACAUUUGCAUCUUCCUACUGGCUCUUCACCGUGGUACUUUUGACCUUUUUCUUGACUAGUUCGAAACUAACAAAGUUCAAAGCGGAAAGAAAACGACUCCUUGAAGAUGAAUAUGAUCUAUCUUCUGAACGCAACUUGACACAAGUGUUGUGCAAUGGUUUGGUGGGUGGCAUUGCCGUAUCGUUUUUCCAUACUUUGGCUGACUCAGAACUUGUUUGUUACUCUUCAUUUCCCUGGGGAAAAAUGCUUCUUUGGAUCUAUAUUGGACACUAUUCUUGUUGCGCUGGUGAUACGUGGGCAAGUGAACUAGGUAUUUUGAAUUCAUCAUGGCCAUUUCUUAUUACGAAAUGGGAACGUGUACCACCUGGCACAAAUGGUGGUGUGUCUCCAUUAGGACUAUUUGCUUCUUUGGCUGGAGGUUUAUGUAUUGGAUUGGUGGCAGCUCUUUCAUUGGCAUUGGAUCAACGUUGUCAUGGAUUUGAUUGGAGUGUGAUUAUCUUGGGUGCUAUGGCUGGACUUGGAGGCUCAUUGAUUGAUUCCAUUCUAGGCGCUACUAUUCAAGAAACAGUAUACUCCAAGGAUAGAAAAAUGAUAAUGACAGAUAGAUCAGCAAUAAAGGAAGCAAAUAUCGACAUUCGUGGUUGGAAUAUUUUAGAUAAUCAUCAGGUGAAUUUCGUCUCUUCUUUGUUGACAUCUAGUCUGUGUGGUUUAGCUGCAUUGUAUUUUCAAUAGUGAUAGAUAUUUUUGUAUAGUGUAUAAACCAAUAAAAAAACAUGAUGAUCAUCAAGC